UUCAACCAAGAUGUCGACGAAAUGGCGCUUUUCGGGCUGUAGUAUUUGUAUUUUCCGUGUAUAAAUUUAUACUGGGCUGCUAAUGACUCGAAAAAUAGUGUUUUCUAUGGACUUUUGCGUAGAAAAACGAGUGAAAUUGUGUUCUGGCUUUAAUCUACCUCCGAACCACCAAUAACGGUUAAUAUCUUACCACGUUUUCGGUUCUUUUGCACUUGGAAAUUUGCCUGAUAGUAGUAGUAUUGUUUGAAACAUUUGCUGUUGGUUUCCAAGGAAAGCAAACUAAGGAGGCUUAAAGGUGUUCAGGCAACUAGUUUGAAGGCGGCUAUCUAGCCCAGCUUCCAACUUUCCAUCUGGCAUCUGCCCACAAACUGCUAAAAUCAGCAGAAGAUUUCAAUCCAAAAUUUGUGAAUGUGUGAACAGUUUUGCUUGCUAGUGAUGUGAGAUCUUGGGGCUAAAAUUGUGUUCAAUGUGUAUGCUAUGGAAGUACGUUCCAUGAGGUUAGAUCAUGGGCCAAUACAGACUAAUAAAAUGUCCUACCCUCCAAGACAACCCCAAAAUCACAGACCCAAUCAUAGUAGCCAAUCUAACGCCCAUGUGUCGGCAGCGGAGUUGUACAAAUCGUCCAGGUCACCACUUUCCAACAGCAGAUGCGCCUAUCCUCCGACCUCCCAGCUACAGCCUAACCCGCCGAAUAUCCCUCAAGUGCAGGUUUCUCAAAGGUAUCCCACACAAGGGCCGGCCGCCUCCGUCACCGCCCCCGCAGCUUCUUCCCUCCUUAGUCCGGCUACUGCCUACCACCGGCCGCAGCUGGACUACCGCCACACAAACAGGAUUUCGUUACUCCAUCCAGAAUAUGGACCUGGAGGACGCAGAGAGGCGGCAAGUGGAGGUGCAGGUGGACAACCUCCACCGACGUCAUCCUCCGAACAACCACUCAAAAAGAUUCGGUUGGCAGAUGAGAUGCAACCCCUGAGGAUUGAUACAAGACCUGGGACUUACAAUCCUCAAGUGGAAGCCAUCUCGCCUAUAUUUCCCGAACCUAUUUCUCAGGAAGACCAAGUAUUUAAAACGACUAAAGACAGGCUGAUUCAGCAAAUCAGCAAAGUGGAUCGGGAAAUCUUGAAGGCGGAACAGCAGAUAGUCAUCUUGAAGAAGAAACAAGCUGAAUUGGAGGAGGUAGCAAACAAACCAACAGUGAGCAAGGAAGUUGAAGAGGAUGCAGUCCCAAAAAAUCAAAGCCUACCACAGAAAAUUUAUGCAGAUAAUAGAAGAAGGGCUCAAAGCGCGCACGCUUUACUGGACUGUUUAGGGCCCAAAGUUGAAUGGCCCCUUUACAAUCAACCGACUGAUACUACCGUGAUCCACGAAAAUAUUCGUCGAAAUGUGAUGUUUAAAAAACGCUUAUUAGAAUACUUUAAGAAGAAACAUGCUGAGAGGCAGGCCAGAAACAAUCAAUUAUCGGCGACAUAUAGCAAGUUAAUGCAAGAAUGGAUUAGAAAGUGUGACAAAAUUGAGUCCAGUACAAAGAGGAAAGCGAAAGAGGCGAAAAAUAGGGAGUUUUUCGAGAGAACUUUCCCUGAAGUCAGACGAAAGCGUGAAAAUAAAGAAAGGUUUAAUAGGGUUGGGUCGCGAGUCAAGUCAGAGGCAGAAAUGGACGAUUUUUCCGAGCAACAGGAACAAGAUAACGCUGAUAGGCGAAUGCGCAGUUACGCCGUGAUACCUCCCAUCUUGCUGGAUCCAAAGGAAAAGCGCAUAAAAUAUACGAAUAAUAAUAAUUUCGUUGAAGAUAUGGAAGAAGUUUAUCAGAGUCGUCAAUACUUAAACAUUUGGACGGCCCAGGAAAAAGAAAUAUUUAAGGAAAAAUAUCUUCAACAUCCGAAAAAUUUCUAUCAAAUCAGCCAAGCUUUGGGCGAGAAAAAAUCCGUUUCGGAAUGUGUUAGAUUUUACUAUCUCAGUAAGAAGACUGAAAACUAUAAGCGGCUUUUAAGGAAAAACCGAAGAGACAAAUUGAGAGAAAAGAUGAGGCAAUCAAGGAACUCGGGGAAGAUUAAUAAUAAUGCCAAUUUGUCUGUUGUUGAUAACUUGUCGACAGGUGUCACAACGAGAUUGCAGCGAGAGCAGCAGCAGCGUACCGAAGGAUCAGCUCGGUCUUCUGAUACGUCUACGUCCGCUGUCACUGCAGUAUCAGCAGAGGCAGCUACUACAACGUCAUCACCUCCACCACCAGCUAUUGGAACUACAGCGGCUCUCAGCCCUCUCAAUGCAGGUGCAACGACAACGUCUAGUUCGACUUCGACAACUACAAGUGGUACUAACGUGCUGUCUUCCGAGUGGAGUGGCACAACUAUUACAUCAACAGCCCAGAUACCUACUUCGGUGUCCCAAUCAGUCACCACGAUUACCACCACGACUUCUUCGACUGCGGCUGUGACUUCUCUCAGUCCCUCGUCGCCAAUAUCUUCUUCGGUUGGCUUGACGACAACAGCAACAAACACAACGUCAACCACUGUGUCCUCAAUAGCCUAUGAGGUCUCGAAUCCCGAAAACGCCACCUCGAAAGAUAUCCAAGGCGUGAAAUUUAGUGAUUUUAAUUCGUUUGAGGACUUUAAUAAUAGGAAGAAAACAUUUGGGGACAAUUUGACCGCUCAAGCACCGGCAAAAGAAAAUGAAUUCGUAACCGGAGAUCAGAUCGAUCAAGAAACUACUCAAGACAAACGAGAUGGGGAGAGCACAUCUACAACCAGUGAAAACGUGUGUGAUCCUAGUGCAUCAAAUUCGACACCGACGCCAGAAAACAAGAAGAAAAAAGAACGACGGAAAGAAAACGCUAACAUGGAGUCUAGCGAUGAAGAAGUGGCAUCGAUGCAAGAUAAAAACACCCAAGGAAACUGCGCUGUCUGUAACGCUCAACUUGGUCCCCAAUUGCAUUCCCGACCACUUCAACCAAGUCAAGCUUCCCAAUACGGGCUGCGAGAAGAAGAAGUGCCACAUAAUUCUCGAGUAUGCAAUACAUGUAGAUGUAAAUCGGUGCGGUCUAGACACACGCACUGUCCAUUACCCAAUUGUCCAAAUGGCAGAGGUAGAGUAAAGCGAUUGCGUUCAUUUCCUUAUCGCCUCCAAGAUUUACCAUCGGACGUGCGAGAUCCAAUCCUAGCCGAAUUUCGGAUUCCCAGUGGGGUAACCAAAUGCUGCUCGGCCUGUUUCAUUCGAAUUCAAAGGCGACUGGGACCCGUGGAAGAAUGGCCCGAUGAUGAAGUGAAUCAGUUGAAGGUUGCUUUAACUGAACUGGGAGCCAACUGGCAACAAUUAGGUGAACGACUCAACAAAUUGGGCUUUCAAGUUCGAAGUUUUUAUGCAGCAAACCGGAAACGGCUCAACCUGGAAGUGUGUUUGGGAGAUCGCAAACCUACGUUAACAGACGAGGAAGAAUCCGGAUCUAGUACUUCAAGCUGUGAGGAGCCAAUGCGGGAUCGAGAAAGACACUCAAGCGAUACAACUAGUGCAGCCGAAAGUCCCCCAGUAAUACAGGGGAGCAAUCAAAACGCCCCUAAGAAAGAAGACUACGAUUCAAGUGCGACUGAAACAGCUGAUGAGGCGCAAACCGAUCAUUAUCAAGUCGCCACUAUAACGCCAGUUUGCAAUGAAUAUCAAUCUCGUCCAGCAGAAAGUCCUCUCAGUGUUAAAGAAUUGAUGAUGGACAUGAUAGAGAGAUCCUUGAAUAAGGCAGGUGGACAACAGCCGGUACCAGUCCAAGGCCCGGGCAUGACACCAACGAUAUCUUCUAUACUGAAUAAUGACGCUAACGAAGUUACUAUAGUUAGCGAAUAUAGUUUGAAUAGUUUACCUAAUAGAUCGCAGCCGCCACAUCAAUCUCGAACAGACAUCAGCAUAACUAAAUUGGCCAAUACCAUCGGAGCAACAAUUACACCAGUAUCCGGUCCUAUCAGGUCGCAACCUGAGCCUAUUCAGACGUCCCGGGAUGAUUUAGUGGUAGUACAAGUGCCGGACAAUCGGGAGCCUAUGUCCGAGACUUUGGAUCUAAGUAUCAAGAAGCCAAGAGAGCCGAUGCCACCAACACAUCCGAAGCAUGUUCAGUCAUCAAUGCAUAGAUCAGACCCCUAUAUGUAUCAUCAAGAAAGGAAGAGCCCAUUUGUACGCACUUCACAGGUAAAAUUGCCUAAUCCGCAACCUGCAAAUCCAAAGACCGGUUCGAUCACCCUGGGAACCCCAAUUAUUAAUCAGCCAACCCGUUACGAUGCAUUGCUUCGACAGACCAGCGAUAAAAUGGGAUCAAUAACAAAGGGCACACCUAUUCAUCCAUCACAUGCCGUGCAGCAACAAGAUAAAAGGAUGUUCGAAUACUAUCCGAAGCAAGGAAGAAUGCCUAGUCAACCGAAUAUUGCUCAGCAGCCGCAAUACCAAUAUGCGACACAGCGCACCUCUUACGACCAACAUAUUAAUUCUCAAAGGAAGUUGAUAUUUGAUGAUUAUAUGACCUCUCAACAAAUGCAGAACCGAAGACCAGAGAAGCCACAAUAUUAUCCUACCAAUAGUUCGCAUCGCACUCCACCUCCACCACAGCAGAGUCAACAACGGCAGGGUGUAAUUCAAAGGCACACUAGACCACAAUAUCAUCCGACUCCUCCUGGACACGAAGCGUUAUCUACGUUAGUGGAGUUGUCCGUGCAGCAGCCAAGUCUACCUGUUCCUACUGCUCCGCAUGAAGGAUUAGGGAAAUCAAUGGCGGAUAAUAUUAUGGAACAGCCGCACAGGUUGCAGAUUCUUCAGCAUCAGCAACAAAUGAGGCAGCAGCAACAGAGGAUUGAAGAGCAACGCCGAGUCGCAUACCAUCAGCAGCAACAGCAUCAGCAGCAGCAGCAGCAGCAGCAACAGCAGCAACAGCAACAACAGCAGCAGCAGCAGCAACAGCAACAGCAACAUCAGCAACAACAGCAGCAGGCUAGACAGCAAGGUCGAACUGAUCCAAGCACUAUGACUGCUGCGAGCUUGAUAGAUGCAAUAAUUACUCAUCAGAUUAAUCAGACCGCUGAGACUGGCCGAGGCGAUGUUGUUUCGAAUUCCCGAGAACCACCCCGUGCAGGUGAUUUGCUAUUCCAGGGAUUUCAGAGAGACCCGCCAGUCAGUCAGGACAAUGGAUUAAGAAAUUCCUCAAUUAUUAAUGUUGAUUUGGAUAAUGAAAUAGUUAAUAAAAACUUAACUGUGAAGGAGCUCACCGAUUCGGUGAUCAGUCACGAUUUUAGUACUCGAACCAACGCCUAUUACCACAUGCAAGAAACGGAACAGUGGAAGCGAAGAUUGCAAGCCCAGCAGCAUCAAAAGGACGACAGCAAGCGAUCUGCUACACCUCAACAAUCUGUUCAACAGCAGCAACAAGACGAAAGACAGAUAAUUCGCAUUGCCCAACCGCAAAAGUACCAUCACGAGCCACUUUCGCCUCCAGAUAACAACCACUGGUCGGAACAAAAUUAUCGACGUUAUCAUCAACCAGCAUCGCACAUGUCACCGUUAGAUUACGUAAAAAACCGGAUAGUCGAAGUGAUGCGAACAGAAGACGACAAGAAGGACAUACAAGAAACACAUUCUCAGGACAAGGACCGCAGCGUUAGUCCUGGUGACAUGGUGAUUGAUGAAGAGAAACAUGAAAAUGACUUCGGUAGUCAACAGCAAUCGGAUGCGCAACAUUUGCAGGCGCGAGCAGCUCAUCAGCAGCCUCCACCGUCCGGUUACUCCUAUUCCUACUCUCACAAAGAUUCUUCAAAUGACAAUAGAGGUAACGAGCCCAAGCCUUUGCUGUCCGCGCAGUACGAACCCCUAAGCGACGAAGAUUAGCGAUUAAGGAUGCGCGUAGCGACGCGUAAUGGUGUAAUUUUUUCCUCUAAAGGAACUUUAAAGUAAACAGUGUUAACUCUACAGGCGCUGGUAAGAGAUAUGUCGUAUUUAGAUGGUGGGCUUCACGUUCAUACGUUAUUAAAUUAAAUCAAUUUAAAAGACUGUCCUAUCUGUCCAAUCAGAAGAAUCACAUCUUUUAUAUUUACACGACAAGAUAAAUUUGACAAAACUUGUUAAAGUUGUAGUGUGAUAAACUUAGUUAGGAAGUUUAACAUACUGUAACGUCUGCCAGAACUAUUUGAAUGAAAAUGUGAAAUAUUUGAAAAUGUCGAAAAAAACAACAAAUGUUUACAUUCUGCCCUGGCACGUUGCAAAUAAUAUAUAAGAUCCAUUUUCAUAAAAAUGUCAGAGUUUUCAAAGGUAUAAUCAUCGCAAACGGCCCGAUUUCUAUUAUCACUUAAUAAUACAUAGUAAUAAUACUAUCAAAACAUUUUUCUAAUUUUUCAAUAGAUUCGGUUGAUUUUCUUAAGAUGUUUUUAAUUCACACUGCAGCGACUGCCUAACAACAAAAAGUGCACAUAUAUUUUUUUAGUAUUAUCAGAUAUACAGAACUUGAAGAUAAUUUGAAAAAUUCAGGGUGGCGCAUUUUACAUCAGUCAUAUAAUUUUGAAUCAGUCAAAUAUCUCCUAAAUUAACGAAAUAAAAGAAAACGUGUUUUAUAAAUGUAGUUGCGAAAAGGGGAAAUAUUAAAUUUUUGGUAAAUGGCGCUGCUGUUUACUGUAGCUCGUAUGUACCUUUAAUACGUUGCUAGUAAAAACUUAAUGCUGAAUGGUAUUCGAUAGUAAAAAUUAAAUCCGUUUAAAAAGUCAAAGUUGCGCCUACCUAACUUUAGGAGCAACACCUAUCAAAAUGUUCUAUUACCUUCGGUUUUCCCUUUAGUAAGCAAAACCACAACAUUUGUUGCGUUUUUAUAAUUUACGAGAUUUUUGACUGGUUCUUUUUAAAUCAGCAACUCCAUUGUGUACAUUUCCCACAUUAGGAGUUCAGAAAUAAUCGAUUUUAACGUGAAGCUAUUCCCUCAUGUGCGCAUAGUACUCCUAUACCAGCGUCUGUUUUUAUUUUUUUAUGUAUAUAGGAAUCGUAUAGGUGAUAUGUUUGUUUAGAAUAGGGGAUUAACAAAUGUUUAACAUUAAAAUACCCCCUCGUGGUGACUGUAAUUCGAGUCGAAUGUUGUACAUUUGUAAGGCAUAAGCAAAAAUACUUUGAGGCCGUCCUGCCUUUAACCUUACCCCACAUUACUUGGAAAUACAUUGUCUAAUAAUGUUCGGUGCAAAUAAUAAUAAAGUACCACAAAGAUAUUGACCUGCAAUCGAUAGUUAUAUGAUUUAGAGUUUAAUUUUGAUUUGAAAGUCCCAUAAACAGUGAAUGACUAGAAAAUGAAUUUUAUUUGUGAAUGGUUUACACUUGCACCAAAUGUUAUUAGGAAAGCAUGUUCGUACCGGUUUAUCUUUAAAUAUUAUAAUGUUACUUAUUGUGGUGUUAGCAUUAGGUUUUUAUAGUCUCGAUGUAGCUAUACUUCAUGUUGAUAUUGUGGAGUAAGGUUGUAAGUGCAGGCGUUUGUGUAGCGUCCAUAUUUAGAUUUAUUAUACAAGUUGUAAAUAAUCUGUAAACAUGGAAUAUAAGUAUCUUUUAAGUCGGAAUUAGAUUAUAAUUAAAACAUUAUAUAAUGACAAAUAUGUCUAAUUUAUUAUAAGAAUUUUUUGUUCAUGAGAGGCAGAUUUUUUUGCAUUUCUAUACGUUCUAGUUAGAUUGAUUUUGUAGAUUUUUUAAAAUAAUUUUGGUAGACAAGUCACAAUUUAUUAUUGUGUGUGUACUGCUUUGAGUACAUGUCGGUAAAGCGUGUGAAUAUGUGGAAUGCUCGGUUGUAUCAGUUUCUAAUAUAAUCUUUAUGUAGUUGUAUUUGUAUCUCAAAAUAUAAAUUUUACAGGCUUAACUAUGUGAUUUAAAACCCGACGGAUUAUGGUAAUAAUUUCCUAACAUCCCUUCUAUCCAAAUAUCUCCUAAGUAGCCACGGUCUUUAGAAUAAGAAGAGAACUGAUGGUAAGUGCAAAGUUUAAUUGCUAUGGCCGAUUUCACAAAUAGAUAACUUGAUUUAAUUCUAAAUUUCUAAGCGAUUUUGACGUCAAUGUUAAGCAAAAUUUAGAUUCGGAAGUGUUCUCACGGAAAUAAGGCGGCUUAACAUCAAAGGAUAGUUAUAUUCGCAUCGAAAUUAGAACUAGUUUGCUUUAAGAUUUGUUGUAGUAUAGCAUUGUAUAAACAAAUUAUUUGAACUUUAGCAUUGCAAAUAAAAUAUGGAAGUUUAUAGUGUUCAAAAUAUACUUUUGAUAUCAAACGUAAUUUUUGAAAUUCUAUAAAACUCCAUAUAAUAAUUACUUUCAGACAACUAUCGAAUAUUGAUCAGUUUGUAAUUUCCUUGCUAUGCAACAUGACUAGUAAAAGCAUGAUUUACAACUUUUAUAUACACGUGUUGGAUUUAACUAAGAAUUUCAAAUUGUAAAUAACUAAGUAAGUUAGUCUUAAUAUAAGAAUAAGCAAGGGGUUCCCUAAUUGUACAUAUUUGUGAAUUUUUUCAUUUCUAUGUUUUACAUGGUACAUAAUUAAGUCUGCACUUUGGCGUCUAAAGUUUAGACGAACUGAUCAUUUUUCUACACUCUAAAACAAAAUGCUUCCAGAUUUAAUGUACACGUCAAUUUUUUAGUUUGUAACUACUUUCUGAUAUUGACCUGUGUAAUUUUGUUGAAAUAAAUGAAUAUCAGUUGGA